AAUACCGGAGUUAACUCUUAAAUUGCGUUAUUCUGUUUAACCAGCUGGAAUAUGUCACUUCGUGAAUUUUUUGAACUAAAGGAAAAAAAUCCACAUAUAAAUUGUAAUUUUCGAAUUGAUAAUGAAUUUCCGAAUACAUUAAAUCCAAAGAGAAUAAGAUACCCAAAUAGUCUAAAACUAGAACAUGAUUCAUUAUUGGCUGCUAAAUGCAACUUAAACUUGCCAUACAUUUGUGAAAAUUGUCUUCACAUAAUUUUGCAGAGUAAGUUUUCGAGUUGGACCAGUGGUAAUGAACUAAUUGAUUGUUUCAUACAGGUAACACAACUUUUCUCUUCAUACGAACGAUAUCCUGAAUGGGUUCCAUACAACUCCUUGUCCCAAAUAAAAAAGAUUGGUGAAGGUGGAUUUGGUACGGUGUUUUCUGCAACGUGGAGUUGGGGAAUUAAAUCAUUAGAAGAGGAAGAAUAUAUAGAGGAUUAUAAGACGAAAAAAAAAAUAUAUCAUUAUCGAAGUGGUCCAUGUACAGUUGCUCUAAAGAAAUUGAAGGGUGACAUGGAAAUCACACAAGCAUUUCUUUCAGAGGUUCAAGCUCAGUUCGAUUUUUGUCAUUUAUACGGGAUUACACAGGACCCCUCGACAUUAGAAUACCUGUUUAUCAUGCGCUUUGCACCACAAGGUGAUCUUCGGCGAUAUUUAUUACUAAAUUUUGAUAACCUUUCAUUACCAAACAAGUUGGGUAUAGCUCAGACCAUAUGUGCUGAACUCAAAAAGAUACAUGCAAAAGGAUGGGUCCAUGGCGAUCUCCAUAGUGGAAAUAUUCUAUUAUUGAACGAAGAAUAUGCAUUCAUUUCUGACUUUGGUUUGUGUCGACCAAUUGAUGAAGUAGAAUCAGAAGAAAAAAUAGAAUCAGAAGAAAAAUUGUAUGGGGUAAUUCCUAAUGUUGCGCCAGAGAUGUUUUAUGGAAAGCAACGUUCUCAAGAAGGUGAUAUUUAUAGCCUUGGUGUCAUCUUAUGGGAAUUAAUGUGUGGAAUUAUUGCGUUUGCAGAUCGGCCUCAUAAUGAAUCUCUAGUAUUAGAUAUAGUUUUUAAUGGUCUUCGCCCGCAAACAUGUCAUUUUGCCCCACCAGUAUACAAUGAUUUGCUAAAGAGGUGCUGGGAUCAAGAUUCUUCGAAGCGGCCAUCUAUAUAUGAAGUAACAGAUUUCAUUGAAGAAUUAUGUGAAUGUAGAAUAAGAGAUAAGGAAAAAAUUCGUGAUGAUACUGUUGGUGGUAAUUUAUUUAAAUCCCCAGAAAAAAUUGGAAAAUUAUCGCCUCUUUAUUGUCAAUUGUCAAAUUCACACAAUUCUGGGCGCAUUUAUAACUUGAUGAAAUGGAAACCAAAUAAACCCACUCAUAUGGAAGCAGUUUACACAAGCCGGUUACUUAGUUAUAAGGAAUACCUGCUAAGUCGAAGUAAAGAGUAACCAAAAAAGUCUAUUGUUAAAUAGAUUUUUGUCUUCGUUACAGACUGAAAAUUUAUAAUUGUGAUCGAUGACAUCACAUAAUCGUAAUAUUAAAUCAUUUUUUUUCACCUUAAUAAUCUCAAUAAUAAUAAGUUCAUAGUAAUAUCCGUGUAAUGUCUAUGAAACCCUUCUCGAAUUAUUUUUGUGCAGAUAAAAUAAAAAUCAUGCCAUGCUACCUUUGGUAAAAUAAGAUUAUGUGAAAAGUGUUAGUAUUUUGAACUGAUUUUGCGCAAAAAAAAAAAAAAAA